GUGGGGAGUAUAAUACGCGCAGUAUUAUAUACAACCUUACAGGCAGCGAUAGCCUGCCUAUAUUAGAUUCAAUAAUUAUAUAUAUGUAUAUAAGGCUUAUUACUAUAUAUCAGUAGUUGUUUCACUGAGAAUUAAUUCACUUUUCGUAAGGCCUAUAGACAUCUACAAGAAGUAAGAAGACAUACAGUAACCUGGAAGAAAAAACAAAGAAAUAUGAGUACUGCAUUCAUUGACACACCGGUGGCGGUGGAGAAAGCGUAUGGGACAGAAGUGUCUUUUUUCUUGCAUUGUCACUUGCGUGGGUAUGAUCGUCACGGACAAGGAAAGUAUAUGGAUCAAGAUUACUACGAUAAAUAUGGUGCUCCAACGAACAAGGACCACUCGUGGGAAGAGGGCUAUCAUGUCGUGGAGAGAAAACUCUACGGGUACUACGAUGUCGUGGGAAAGGAUGACAUGGACUUUCCCUUUAUUGCUGGAGUCGGGGGAGGGGCGCACCUCUACAAGCCAAUACACGAUCAUGAGCCAUGGAAUUGGACUGGAUGGGUACCCUUGCAGAAAGAAUGGUGUUGUCAGGGAAAAUUCUUCAGAAACAGGUAUUUCCUGGCUCUUCGUGGUAAUGAAAUACAGAACAAUCUCUGGGAUUACCACCCUUACGAAGAGGAAAUUGAGGACAGAGAUGACAUGGAAUACAGUCAGGUUGAGCCAAAUGACAGAUAUCGAGGAGGAUAUUGGUAUCAACGCCAACCAUUCGGUCGUUAUUUGCACAUCAUUGCCCUCAAGUCCCAUGAGGAAAAAUGUACAAGAUACAACUACAUCGUUCAUCCCUUGGCAUACAGAGCCGCAAUUCACACAAUCCCAGACAACAGCGUGGAUGCAAUGCAAUGGUGCAUUAUUAAUAUGCCCGAGGAACAACAUUUUGGAAAAGAUCAACCGUGGGGAGAAAAAUGUCACGGUCUGGAAAUAUUCAAUGAUUUUACGUAUUAUCACUCUUACCAGGCGAUUGAGGAUGGUGGACCGAGCAAUGGUGAACUCACCAAUGAUCCAAAACACAUGAUCAAUGGUGAAAACAAGUAUUAUUACUGGUUUGACACGUACCCUUUGGAGUUUGCAGUGUUUCUUCUUGAUUCUGCUCUUGCUCGAGGCGUAUAUUUCCAUACAAUGGCUGCAAAUGACGCGUUCUACGAAAGAAGUAAUACCAAAGAUGAGACCGACGGCACCAAGCCGAGUCAGGGAAGUGAGCAUUUGCACUCAGAUCCAAAGGGUGGCCUUCACAAACACAAUAGAAAACAUGCCCCAGCAUGGAAAGAUGCAAGACUCGGUGUACAAUCACACCCGCACCCAGAGGAAAAAGACAAAAGUCCCAAUUCGUUUGAUGCACUACCAUACAAGGAAAAGUUUGUAUUUGGUUAUGUGACCUUGAUCGAUCCUAGUCUCCACCUCAAGGAAACAGUUUUCCAAAAAAGUGAUGGGAAAAAUCACCAAAGAUUAGCCGAGGGGGAGAAAAAUCACCAAAGAUUAGACGAGGGGGAAAAGGUGGUGUUGGAUUAUCUCAUAAAAGGAAGACAUUAUGGUACUACAGGAGUUUGGGAUUUAUUCAAGUACGAGAACUCUCAAACGGAUUUGCCUUUCACGAUUGAAAAUCAGCCGAACCAAGAAGAACUCUGUUAUGAUAUGACUGAAAACAUGAAACUCGAAUUUACCUUUCUCCCGUGUAAGAAAAGGAACGUUGACCUGGUGUGGAGAUAUACCAUCAUGGUCGAGUUUUUGGAUGGUUCAUACGUCAAGGGACUUGAAACAACACAUGGCUACUUCAAGUUGGAUGAAAAUCACCCAACAACCUUGGAUUUACGUUCAAGUUACGAUAUAUCGCACGUAAAAUGGUUGUAUUUCACUGCAAUAACACCAUCGAAUCCCCAGCGUAGAGCGUGGCUACAUGCCAUCAGAGGACCAGCAUUUGGCAGCCAAAACUUGCAUUCUCGACUUCCUCCCCUGAAACACACUGUCGUACCAACUGUUCGAGACGAAGAUAUCGUAACGCAAGGUAAACCCAUCACACCAACAGCCGUUAACCCCAAAGGUGAUUUAGAUUUUGCUAUUGGAAAGGCAACCAACGAGAACGACAUUUAUGUGUACUCUAUGCAAGUGUGCCCUCUCCAACAAGAUCUGCUGACAGAGCCAGUGAGUGAGAAGAUUAGAGAAUCUUCUGAUCUCAUUCCGCCACGAAUUUUGCAAAGCGUCCAUGGUUAUUUCUAUUUGAGGAAUGAUUUUUCAACUCGGCUGAAUUUAACAGGUUCUUGGGACAAAGAAACGGUCAAGGAUAACGUUAAUUUUUAUAUCAUCGAUGGAAAAACAGGUCAACCAAAGCCAAUGGAUAUUAAAGUUAAAGCAUUUGGAAAAAAGAAAAAAAUAACUUUGAAAUAAGGACAGUGAUCAUUGGAUACGAUUAUUGGCAUAUUGGCACUGUGAAGGCAUCUCAGCUUGUGGCAUCACGAUUGCACUUAAUUUCUAUUUAAUUAAUUAUAGCAAUAGUUGUAAAAGGUAAUAAAACAAUGAUACAGAAUGUUAUAGAAAGUCUUAUAGAAUCAAGUAAGUAAAUAGGUAAAUUUGAAAAAAGUAGAACGAAAUCCUCGCGAAGACAAAUUUGGUAAACGAUGUUAAUGACGAUUUAACUAUCCAAAUAAAAUUUAAAUGUAGUUAAUAUGUAU